UGAGCAUCGUUCCUUUCUACCACACGGCUCACGAUAGAAGUCAAAGCGGCGUGCAAUGCUGGCCUCAACUUGUAGCCUCGUCAAUCUUCAGGUAGUGACCGGUCCCUCGCUUCUGCUACCUCACCGAAUAGCGCUCUUGCCCAGGCAGGCCUAUCUUGAAGUCACAGCUGUCAAGAUGUUUCGAGCAACGAAGGCGUCGGCAAAGUUCAGGGUCCAUUAUUGCGUCAAACGCAUCGUGUUGCACCUCAACCGCAGAUAUGCGGGUAGAUGGCGCUUACUGCAAUGAGUAAAACCUCGGCGACUGUGGCUGCAGAUCUUCGCCUUACCUGACGUUAUCCUCCGCAAGCGCUUCCCGUUCACCGCCCGUGCUGCCCCGCACAUGAAGACCAACCAAGGAAGUGAAUACCCAAGCUCCACAGUGGCUACCUCACGCUUAACGAAGCUCUUCCUCGCGUCCGUCGCAAUCUUCAUCUGUAUAGCCGCCAUCCUGUCUUCACUCCGACUCGCCGGGCGCACUCCCUCCAUCCUGAGCCACAUAAAGCCAGGCCCCUUCCGCAACCCACUCUACACGCAACCGUACCGCCCGCUUACCAAUUCCACCAUGGCGCCUGCACAGUACCAGAAACCGCCGCAGCUGCCACCCAAGUUCACCGCUACCAAGGAGAGCUUGCUGGCCGACACAAAGAGGCUGAUCGAGAGGUCGCGAGGCGUGCAAGAUGCCGUCGCCAAAGCAGGCAGGUCCGCCUUCGCGGACGUUCUCCUGCCCAUGGCUCAAGAUGACAACAAGAUGGCCACUGAGUCGCACAUCAUUGGGUUUUACAACGCCAUCUCUACCAGCAAGGAGCUUCGCGAUGCUUCAAGCGAGGCAGAGCAGCUGCUUGACGACUUCGGCAUCGAGUCAUCCAUGCGCGAGGACAUCUUCCAGCUGGUCGACAAGGUCGUCAAGGCAAACGAGAAGCUGGAUCCUGAGUCGACACGUCUGUUGGCAAAGGAGCACAAGUCGUUCAUCCGCAAUGGCCUGAACGUUCCCGCCGGCGAGAAGCGUGAUAGGUUCAAGGCAAUCAAGCAGCGUCUCAGCACAAUCGGCAUUCAGUUCUCAAAGAACCUGAACGAGGAAAAUGGAGGAAUCUGGUUCACGCCUGAGGAGCUUCACGGCGUACCAGACGAUGUUCUCUCUGGCCUGAAGAAGGGAGAGGGCGAGAAUGAGGGUAAGAUCUGGCUGACCUUCAAGUAUCCCGACCUGUUCCCUACCCUGAAGUACGCCACCAACGCUGGGACGCGAAAGAAAGUCUUUGUCGAGAACGAGAACAAGUGCAACCAGAAUACUGAGCUCUUCCGUGAAGCUAUCCUCCUUCGUGACGAGGCAGCUCGCAUCCUCGGAUAUAAGAACCACGCUCAAUUCAGGAUAGAGGACAAGAUGGCGAAGACACCCGGGACGGUUGAUGACUUCCUCGGCGAUUUGCGCAAGCGCCUGGCGCCAGGCGGUAAGAAGGAGAUUGAGACUUUGAUGGAAUUCAAGAAGCAGGACGUUAAGGAGCAGGGUCUGACUGGUGAGCUGGCUGAGAAGUACUUCCUGUGGGAUCACAAGUACUACGACCGUCUCAUGCUGGAGAAGGACUUCCAGCUUGACCAUCAGGUCAUUGCUGAGUACUUCCCGCUCCAGACCACCAUUCAGGGCAUGCUCAAGAUCUUUGAGGAGCUCUUCGGUCUGUUUUUCGUCGAGAUCGCUGGUGAGGAGCGGGCCGCUCUGGCCGAUGGUGGCAAGGCCGAAGACAUUGUGUGGCACCCUGAAGUACAGGUCUUCAGCGUCUGGGAUGAUGAGGGCGAGGGUGCCGGCUUCGUUGGCUACCUCUACCUGGAUCUCUUUCCCCGUGACGGCAAGUAUGGACACGCUGCAAACUUCAACCUGCAGCCUGGUUUCAUAGAUGAGAACGGCAAGAGGCGGUACCCUGCGACAGCCCUUGUCUGCAACUUCUCCAAGCCUACAUCUAAAAAGCCUUCGCUUCUUAAGCACGAUGAGGUCGUCACUCUCUUCCACGAGCUUGGCCACGGUAUCCACGACCUCGUUUCUCGCACCACAUACUCUCGCUUCCAUGGCACCAACACAGUCCGAGACUUCGUCGAGGCGCCAUCGCAAAUGUUGGAGAACUGGUGCUGGACUCCAUCUCAGCUCCGCUCUCUGUCGCACCACUACUCUCACCUCUCUCCUGAGUACGAGCAGGCGUACCUCGAGUCGUCUGGUGCUGACAAGAAACCCUCUGACGAGCGCAUUCCCAAUUCGCUCAUCAGCAAGCUCAUCAACACCAAGCACGUCAACGAUGCCCUCUUCAAUCUCAGGCAAUUGCACUUCGGCACAUUCGACAUGGCCAUCCACGAGCCCAAGAGCCACGAGGAGAUUCAGAAGCUUGAUUUCACACAACUGUACAACAGCCUUCGCCAAGAGAUCUGCCAACUUGACGGCCCCGAGGCUUUGAGCGGUGACAUGAAGGGUGACUGGCACUGGGGCAACGGCCAGGCUACCUUUGGUCACUUGAUCGGAGGGUACGAUGCAGGCUACUACGGCUACCUUUCCUCGCAAGUCUACUCCACCGACAUGUUCCACUCGGUCUUCAAGAAAGAUCCCAUGAACGCCAAGGAGGGCAGGAGGUACAGGCACACUGUGCUCGAGCGUGGAGGAUCGAUGGAGGAGAUGAGCAUUCUUGAGGAGUUUUUGGGCAGGAAACCGAGCACUGAGGCGUUCUACAAGGAGCUUGGGAUCUCUAAAUAAAGCGUGUAAAGGACUGGAGGUAGUCAGCAUUCGAUUAGCGAGC